UCACGUGCCACCGCGUCGGAAGUUACGUUACUUCCGAGAGUCGCGUUGGCGUUUUCUAAACAGAGACAGACAUUUCGAUGAAGACAGUCCAGGUCAGAAGAUGUGGCGACUGUAACUGAAUCUGGAGCCAGACACACGGAUUGGACAUGCCCAGGUUGUUCUGCCAUGGACACAGACAUGAUACCAACAUUCACUUCAAAAGACCAGGAGAUUGACUACUGGAAGACCUUAUCCCUCAAGUAUAAGAACAGUUACCAUGAGGCCCAGGAGGAGCUGCUGGAGUUUCAGGAAGGGAGCAGAGAGCUGGAGGCAGAGUUAGAGGCCCAGCUAGGACAGGCUGAACAUCGCCUCAGAGACCUGCACACAGAGAACCAAAGACUGAAGAGCGAGUUGGACAACCUCAAGGAGAAGUUGGAGCAGCAGUAUUCUCAGAGCUAUAAGCAGGUCUCCAUGUUAGAGGAUGACCUGGGACAGACCAGAGGAAUCAAGGAACAGCUUCAUAAAUACGUCAGAGAACUGGAGCAGGCCAACGAUGACCUGGAGAGAGCCAAGAGGGCAACCAUCGUCUCUCUGGAGGACUUUGAGGGUCGUCUGAACCAGGCCAUAGAGAGGAAUGCCUUCCUGGAGAGUGAGCUGGAUGAGAAGGAGUCUCUACUGGUCUCAGUACAGCGACUAAAGGAUGAAGCCAGAGACCUGAGACAGGAGAUGGUGGUGAGGGAGAGGACUGCAGACAGGAUGUCAGCCCCCAGCUCUCCUACCCUGGACAUGGACAAGAUGGACUCUGCUGUCCAGGCCUCCCUGUCCCUGCCUGUCACCCCUGUAGGGAAGGGCGUGGAACACCCGUUCAUCAACCCUAAAUCAUCAGUGUUAACAAAUGGCUGUGGGCCUGGCGGCUCACCUCUGACCCCAUCAGCAAGAAUCUCUGCUCUUAAUAUCGUUGGGGACCUUCUUAGAAAAGUGGGGGCGCUGGAGUCCAAGCUAGCUGCAUGUAGGAACUUUGCCAAGGACCAGGCGGUGAGGAAAACCUACUCCACGUCGUCCACCAACAUGAUCACUGGGAACGGAAACCUCGUCAACAGCAACGCCACCAAGUUCUCCCACUCACUACACACCACCUACUACGACAAAACGGCUGUGAAUGGACUGGACCCCAGCACCCUGAGUGCCCUGGCGUCGCCCCGGACUGUCUCCUCUCCUGGCAUGCUGCCUCUCACCGUUUAGCAUGACCCCACCUCUGUACAAGCUCCCCGCAGAACAAGGUUAUCCUCAUCCUUCACCCCAAACUCCACCCUCCCCACACCAAAUCUGUACAACUCCUGUACGCCCCGCAGAACACUGAGAGGAGAGAACACUUGAAGAACCGUGUGUGUGUGUGUGUGUGUGUGUAGGAGAGACACUUGACUGAAUGAUUGAAAAGGGCCUCACUCACCUAUGAGUGGGUGGGGUUGGAUGCUGGGUGUGUUUGUGUGUAUUUAACAAACAGGCACAUGCCUCUGCCUGAGCUGUUCUUUGCUCGUGUGGACGAUGUGU